AUGGUGCUGCCACCCUCCUCUGCUCCACCCGCGGUGAGCCCGUCACAGCCGCACCCGUGGCGAGCAGAAGCCCGAGCGCCACCGCUUGUCGCCCCCGCGACCCUCGCCGUCGAGCAGGAGCUCCGCGCUCUCGCCGCACAGAGCCCCGACCCCGCGACGCCGUCGUCCGCACGCCGUGGCCGCGACACGCCUCGCCCUCACCCUAGACCACGACGCCGCCAAGCACCACCGCGCCUCACCUGCCGGGGCACGAGGCCGCGACGUCGACCACGCGGGCGCCACGGGCAGCCGAGCACGGAGACCCCGACCACCUCUGCUCUACCGGUGUUCACGGCGCCAACACCGAGCCGCCGCAACGCCGAGCUGCACGUGACGUCGCCCGCAACCACAACGCCCGAGCGCCCCGACCAGGACCGUGUCGCGCCGUCCUCGCACCGGAACCGCCCGCCGCGUCGAGCUCCUGUGCACGACCUCGCCGAGCCACCGCAAGCAAAGCCUCGACGCCGUCCUCGUCAUGCCGCCACGAGCGUGUUGCCCUCCAUGACGUCCUCUCCGUGGUCUGCUCCGAGCCCGGCCAUCCCCGACGCCCCGGUCUGCCUCUGCGUCGAGCCGCGCCACCAAGCCGACCGCGGCUCCGAGCUCGCCGCGGUCACCAACCCAACCCUGUCUGCCAUGGCGAUGUGCCCCGACGACGGGCAUGGACCCCGCUGUUAUGCGCGACGUCGAGCCGAGCCAGCACCGCGAGCUCUCCCCCGAGCUCCUUCCUGUUCAUGUGCCAGAGCCGCUCGCCGCGCCAAGCUUCGUCCUGUCCUCGCCACGGUCACUAGGAACCCGUGCCGCCGCGCCACCGAGAGCCAGAGACGAUGGCGCCCUCACCUCGACGACUGA